UUAUUUUGACGACCCGUUGUUUUCGGCUCGCCUGCCAGCCAGUCAGUGUUUGUUAUCAUUCUUCCGCAAGGAUUUAGUAUAAAACUAGAAAUCCUUGCAACUGUCCGUGAUAGUUCCUCGCGAAUGCAAUGCCAACAUGCCGUCUUCGUCGUCGUUGCUGCUGAUAGUCGUCAUCUGUGGGAUUUCGUUGGCCACGGUGCUGGUUCACGGUCAAGCCUGCUCGGAGAAACCUUGGGAGACCGUCCAUCGCCGGUUGGCCACCAAAACGCCGUACAGGCAUGUGUUCCGCGAUGGGGCAUACCUCCCGGUGCCAGGGGACAUCGACGGGUGUCAGGUGCGACGGACAUGGGGGUUGUUUCGACACGGAACACGCAAUCCGUCCAAGAAGGUGAUCGAUCGGAUGAACACGGACCUGGUGGACAUUCGGGACGACAUUCUUCAACAUGGCAAGCUUUGCAAGAAGGAGCUGGAAAUGUUCCAACGGUGGAAACCGAGGCUGAAAAUGGACCAGGAGAAGAUUCUGGUGGACGAAGGGGCAGACGAGAUGCAGCAGCUGGGCAAGCGAUUCCGGGCGCGAUACGGAAGGCAGUUGCCAGAUGAUUACCGGAAGGAGGAUUUCUACUUCAAAUUUACCAAAACGGAACGGGCUGAGAACAGCGCGAGGAACUUCAGUUUGGGACUGUUUGGCCGGACGGUGGAUGUGGAGUAUCCAACUGCGCUUUCCAGAGAUCCGGUAUUGAGAUUUUACAAACUCUGUCAACGAUGGAGAACAGAGAUAAAGGAAAACCCGAAAGCCGUCCAGGAAGUGGAAUUGUUCUACAACAGUAAGCCGAUGAAGGACAUUAUUGGCAGAAUCUCCAAGAAGGUCGGCACCUACCUGGAUGCCGACAGCAUCUACCUCAUGUACCAGGCGUGCGCUUUCGAGACGGCGUGGAGCAAGAAGCACACGUCUCCCUGGUGUACCUUGUUUGACAAAUCUACCAUCAAGCUGUUGGAGUUCGGCGAGGAUUUAGAGUACUACUGGAUCGAUGGCUAUGGGCACGAAUUGACGUACGAGCAGGCUUGCAGCGCCUUCGGGGAUUUGCUUAAGCGGUUCGAUGGGGAGCAUGAGCCGCACACGUUCUAUUUCACUCAUUCUGGGACGCUGCUGAAGGUCAUGGCUUUUCUCGGAAUGUACCGGGAUGACUUUACGUUGACGCACAAGGACUACGAGAGGAAGCGGCAGUGGAGGGUCAGCGAAAUCGAUGCGUUUGCAACGAAUUUGGUAUUCACCCAGCUUGAGUGCACCAACGGAACUCACGUCAUGCUCAACCAUCAGGAACGGCCGGUACAUAUUCCCGGAUGUCCGAGGGGACAAAUACUGUGCGAUUAUGACCACUUCAAGCGCUUAUUCGGCGAACGAAUGAGCAACUGCGCAUUUGAUACGAUGUGCUCACUAGAAGUGCCUCGAAGGGAUGAAUUGUAGGUAAGACGAUGCGAUGGUCUGUAUCGACGGAAAGCCUUUAGGAUGUUCAACGAACGACCCAAUUUGGUCGCUAAAUCUCAACAUUAUGGAAAUGUAUAGCUGCUUAUUCUAACAGGAAUCAAAACAAGAAUAAAUCCAACCAACUCAGUUGCUUAUUUUUAGUGGCUUUUAAA